AAGUUCAAAAAUAUAUUUUAUGGCAGCGCCGGCGCGCCUUGAGGUUUACAUAAUUAAAAUAUAAUCAUUUUUGGUGGAGAUACUUCGCUAAACGGAGUCAGUGCCGCCGCCGCCGCCGCCGCCGCCAUGCGUCGUGUGCUGACGCAGGAGCAGCAGGGCCUGUUCCCGCUGCGCUCGGUGGCCGAUGUGGUGCGUCUGUUCGCGCUCGAGCUGGACAAGAAGCGGCCGUCGGUGGCGCUGCUCUCGGUCGUGGCCGGCGCCGUGGAGCACUCGCUGACCGCCGUUCGGCCGGACGCCGAUUCCCCGGACGCCGCCGACGAGCACCCAUCAGCGGACGCGGAGACGGUGCCUCUGCCGCCGCUCGAGUAUGACACCGUGUUCGCGCUGUACGCCAAGUUCUGCUCUCUGGUGCUGGACGCCGUCGAUCUCGCGGCCUACGACCGCAGUGAGGGCACGCCGCGUGACCUGGUGAAGCGCGUGUCGGACGUGGUGUGGUUCUCUCUGGCGCGCAGCUACCACAAGGACAAGCCGCACAUCCAGAGCCUGUACAGCUUCCUCACAGGUAACCGCCUGGACUGCCUGGGCGUGGCUCUGGCCGUGGUCGCCGCCUGCCAGGUGCUCGGUCUCGACGAUGUGCUCCUGGCGCUCUCUGAGGACCACGCCUGGGUGGUGUUCGGCCCGGAGCGGUCACAGACGGCCGAGGUCACCUGGCACGGUAAAGGUAACGAGGACAAGCGCGGUCAGCCGAUCGGCGUCUCGUCGGCCCGCAGCUGGCUCUACCUGAACGGCGGCGCCGUCACCUGCAACGCGCACAUGCAGGUGGCAGCAGUGGUGGCCUCCAUCAGCCCUACCAUCAGCGGCUCGGCCGACUCUGCCGAGGUGUCGCUGCUGCAGCAGCGGCUGCUGUGGCUGCUGCACGACCGAGACACGCUGGCCGCCUACCCUCUGGCGCUGUGUACUCUGGCCGGUCUGGAGGAGCAGCGCGCCACCCCUGACCGGCCCAAACCGCUGGAGCUGCUCAGAGAGGCCGUCACCGUGGCCAGGGAGCGGUACGGUAACCGUCACGUGUACCCGUACACCACGCUGGGCAGCUACUACUAUCGCAAGAAGCAGUACGAGAAGGCCCUGGAGACGUGGGCCAGCGGCACCGAGCCUCUCAAACACUACGACUACUCGCGGGAUGACGAGGAAGUCUAUAAGGAGCUGAUGGAAAUCACCAUAGAUCACAUCCCGCACAUCAUCAAGGAGGUGGGCUCCGGGAUCAGCGCGCACAGUCUGAUCCGCGAGCCGCGCUGCUACCUCCACCUGCUUAGGUUCUACGACGGCCUGUGCCACUGGGAGCAGGACAGCUCCACUCCCGUGCUGCACAUCGGCUGGGCCAAACAGAUGGUCGGCUGCGUGGCCAAGUUUGACCCGGAGGUGCGACGCAGAGCGGCCGUCACCUGCGCCGCUGAUGGAGAUCGGACGGACACCCCCACGUCAGUAUCGGACAAGGACGACUCGACGACGCCGUCCGUGACGCUCUACUCUGAGAAGAUGGCUGGUCUGCGUGACCUGCUAACCUCGGAGCGGUUUAACCCUCAGGCGAUGUCGCUGCAGCUGACGGCCCAGUCGCAGGUCUCCUCCCGGCGCCGGGAUGAUGACGACGGCCGGCGAACCAAGCGACAGCGCAGAGACACGGGCUCAGCGGCGGCAGCAGCGGCGCCACAUGCAGCACCAGCGGUGACGGCUGAGUAGCCCCACCAGCCGCCGAACUCUCAGACCCAUCCGCGGCACCCCUGCCACGGCAAUCACACAGGAACUGCACGUGAGAUAAAGUGGAGGCCUCCCGGCUUUCGGGUGGGAAUAGCCGUGGUUGUUGGACAGGCCUUGAAGAAGAAGAAUUCAUUUCUAUUUAAUUCCAUACUUUUACCUGGACUCCGGUAAAAUCGGAGCUGGAAGUGAUCGUGUACCCUCCAUAGACGUGUGGUGUCCCUUGGUGUCCGUAAGAGUGGCAAGUGGCCCGUGGGGCGUAAGACCCUCAGUCCGGUGUGAUCAGAAUUAAUAUGAGGCCCUGUUGAGUCGGCGGGUGUGAAAAAUUAUUCAGAUUUUUUAGGCUUCAGCCGACACAAGGAAAGAGUCGCUUUGUUUAGCCACUGGCCUGCACCCUAAAAAGUCUGGGAGGAAUGCGAAUAGGACACUUUUACGCUACUGCUGAGCCACUUCAAUCCUUAAACUGUAGUUCCAUUCCCUUUUAUGUCAAAGUUUGUCGCCACCUGGAAAUUUCUCGCGCAGGGGUACUCUGGUGGUGUUGUUCACCGCUCGGCCAUUUUGAUGUGCUGUCGCUCAGAAAUCGCCGACAGGCUCUGGGUAUCCGUGGCCAUGAGUGCGUUCAUUACUGGUUUGUGACCGGCGUGGUAAAUGGAUAACGGCCUCUCAGGGCAAGGACCGUGGUGACUCAGGGAAGGGACUUACGCCUUUCAUUGCUUUCAUGCGACUGCCUUUUAUGGGUCUUAGUCGUGGGUGUUUUACUUUCGCGUAACUAUUUUUAUACUACCCUUUCCUUGGGUACGUUUUUGGUAACACGUCGCCUGACUCGGAAAAGGAGUUAUUCGAGUUCAUUUUUGUCGAUGCUGUAAACCAUAAUUGUUUUUAUGAAAAGUUUCUAAAGAUCAAUGCAAAUAAGCAUUCGAUGGCUUAUGAAAUUCACUUUCACAGAGCACGUUUUCCAUCACAUACCCCCUUCCGAGCAUGUUGUACCUGAAUUCGCUAUUUAUGAAUUAAGACCAUCUACGCAGUGCACUUACUUUAGAAUCAUGUCUGAUUGGUUUUCAUCUGCGGUAAGUCACUGUCGUGUCGUCUUUAUUCCACUAUCGUGAUGUUUUACUGAUGGUGCCAACGUUGGUGAUCACUGUUUCUUGUCCUUUUGUUAUUUUUUUUUUCGAUAUGUCUUUGAGGUAAUUUGAUCUCGGCUCUUGCUGUCGUGCUGUCGGUCUGUCUGUUGUAGAAAGUCCAUGCUUCGUUGAGGAACGCAUAAUCGAGGUAGAAGCACAGGUAUGACUUGCAAACUAACACAUCGAUAGAGUUGUUGCAAAAGUGGACGUGGGGCUCUCUUAGCUCGAAUGAUAAGAAAACCAACAGCUCAAGCUGCUGAAGCUGUCUGUUUGUAGUUCGUGCACUGGCACUCGUCAGUUUGCGGCGUACUGUAAGCUGUUUUGCUGUGGGAUUUGAUGUCCGACGUGGGGUGUGGAAUUGUACCUGAGUUGGGCGGCUGUGAGGCAGGGAGGAGAGAUGCGGGAGCUGGGGGAGAGGGAGGUGGCUGUAGGAGAGGGAGCGGUAUGGGGGAGUCACGGGUCCGGGCUGUGUCGGCACCGCUGUCGGCUGUGUGAAGAGGGUGAGCCGCCGUCGGCUGUGCGUGCUGUGUGGAAAGGGUGUGCACACCCUGAGCUGUUGUGACUUGUGAGCGACCUGCGCCGUCAUGUUACGUCCUGUGCUUAGCACUCGCUUGGCUUUCUGAGCACCGCUAGUUUGUUUGAUAUUAGUGUUCUUUUUCGGCGCUUUGUGCUUCAUCCUUGCACUUGUGAGUGUCGUGUGUUGAAGUGUCGUACCCGUUGCGCUCACUGCACAUGCAUUCCGAACGCCCUGUAGUGCUCUGCUUUGUGCUGCAUCGCCCAACGCCGUGUGUUGCAGCACACUGUGUAGCGUGUACUUCACACUGUGCUGUGGUACUUCUGGUCCCUCGGUAUCUCUCUGUCGUGCGCACUGCUUCACAUGCGAAACGUUCGGCGGAACCUCUUUGUAACACACGUCAAGGUCGUGGCGACGAAUGGUUUGUGCGAAUAUGGCGAUGCUGCCCCACGGGAUCACAUGAUGUGAUGUGCUCGAUAAGUUUAACACCAACACUGUCCUGUGACUACACUGCUUUGAUCUAUAUAGCACGCUGCGUGACUUGUUUCAUUCUCCAGUCAUUCAAAGAUUUCGUCCGGUUAUUGUCACGUUUGCUGUGAUGAUGUCUGUUAUUCCGCGGACGACGCGUAACGUUAUGAAAUGACCGAAUUAUAAAAUGAUGUUUCGGGCAGCGGGCUCCAAAACUUGUUCUGGUCGGCGGCUGAUAUCCGUGGCUGGGCGUCAGGUCGUCCUCUGCGAAGUCGGCAGAUUGGUCUGUCUGUUAACCCGCGCCCUGCUGGGGGGGUGUUUGAACACCCCCCCUUGUGGUUUUUCGCGAAUAUCUCAAAAACGGCGGCGCGGAGCGCCGCCGUUUUUGGUACACCUUAUCAUACAUCAAUUCUACACAUGUUGUGAAAAUUUCAGACCAAGGUCAUUCAAGGUCAGGUCACCAGGUCACUUGAAGUGACCUCACCUCAUAAAAACUUUCAAUGUCUGUCAUAGCUACACCGAGUGACCGAUCGCUUUGAAACUUUCAGCGAUUGCUAAGGGCAAUAGCAUGUACAAAAUGUAUAUCUCAGAAUUUUGAUAUCGAUGACCUAAGGUCAGGUCAAUUUUGCGACCUCCCCAUUAUAAGUCAAUGGGAGAAAAUUGAAAUGAGCCUCUUUUGGAUGAAAGACAUUAUAAACACUCCCAAACACCGAAUUACAAGUGUUUUAGACACACUGAACUUGAAAAUGGUGUCCGUGACCCUUGUUUAUGCCCUGAGGUCAUCUCAGGUCACGAAUGGUAUCUAACAGUUUUUCGCAAAUAACUUUUGAUAGAGGCAUUCUAGAGCGAUGAAAACGCCUUAGAUGUGUUCAGCUCGACGAUACGGAUCGACUGAUAUGCAACAUGACGCUUUCCGGUCAGGUCAUGACCUUGACCUGAGGUCAAAUUUUCAAGUUGACCCUUCAAGGUCAAGUUAUAGUUCAUUCGAUGCGUCUUGACGAGAGGAACACGAUGGCGGUAAAAGUAAGCUCGUACAAGGCUUGGGUCAAAAGUUAUUGCAGAAAAACUGUUUUCGAAAAAAUCGGCUAUUUUUGCAGUUUUUGCCCCCUGCAGGCAAAACCGUUGACGUUAGGUCAAAUCUGAGAGGAUUACUCAGAAAGGGCGUUAAUAGGGCUAUCGAAUGCGCUUUUCCGCGGCGCUGUAGCUCUAUUGGUUCCCGAGUUAUGCGUUGGCUUCUUGGAAAUUUUCGACAUUAGACCUGGAAAUCGGCGAAAUUUUGCCUUCAAUGACCUCUGGUGACCUGACCUUUGCCCUGACCAAAAAAUUGACCGAAGUGAUUUCGUCAUUAUUUUUGACGCUCUUUCGAACGCCGCCUUCCGCGUAUCGCUACGUGGCCCAGGAGCCGAGUUAGAAGGGGGGGUGUUCAAACACCCCCCCCCCCCCCAGCAGGGCGUGGAAAUCCAGGACCCCCAGCAGGGCGCGGGUUAAGUGAUGAGCUCGGUGUUGGGUGUUGGCCGCAGGCCGCGGGCGUGUGUAAGUUGCUGUGACGCCCGGGUGCGGCGCCAAUGUUGCUGUGACCUGUACCUGUCCUGCUCGGGCCGGGCCGGGCCGGGUCGGCACCGACCGUCGGCCGAAUCGACCGCGCCGCAUCCAUAACGGCCGGCCGCCUGUUCUCGGCAAUCGGUUUUGCCCGAGGAAUCGAAUUCUGUGGCUAUCUAUUUUGAUUAGAUAUGCUGUUCCUUGUUGACAAUAGCUUGUGAUGUUGUAGUUUUAGUGUCGUUCGACCGUUUCAUGUAGAGCUUCGGCUGAAUAUAUUUUAGCGCUUGUAAA